AUUAAAUUAAUGUCUUAAAGUAAUAGUAGUAAUCACUCUGAGUCUGAGGAUGAGGAUUAAAAGAAAGAUUAAUUAGGUGAAGAAAUUAUAGAUGAUUAAAAUGAGAUGGAAUCAAAAAUUAAGAAUACAGCAAAUGUUGCAAAUUUAGAUAGAGACAAGAAAAAGCAACACUUUUAUACAAUAAGUAUAAAUUACAAAGUAUUUUAGAUCCUGAUGAAGAUUUUAAAAUGGUCAAAUUGAAAGUAAAAUAUUCUUUAGCUAUUUCAGUCUUAUCCUGUAUCCUCACAAUUAGAGAAAAUUUUUGGAUAAUAUAAAAGAAUUUAAUCAUUAAAACCUUCAGAAGAAGAGAUAUUUUUAAAAUUAGAAGAUUAACAAUUUUAAAAAGAAAGAUAGCUAACAAUAAAAGAUUUAAAAACACUUAGAAAAGAAAGGAAUCAUAAAUUCUUUAAUUAUUUAAUUGAAGUGAGAAAAGUAAAAAUAAAAUUAAAAAAUAAGAACUUUGUAAAUGAAGAGUUAUUUUCUAAGUUUAGAAAGAAAGUAAAAGUUUUUAGCUUUGAUGAGAAUGCAGCUAAUAAGGAGAAAUAAGAUUAAAAAUCUGGAUCUGAAACAGGAGAAAAGGAGAGUGAUGUGUUUUCUAACUAUUCAGAGUUUUAUUGA